AUGGCCACCGUAUCCCUACGGCGGAGAAAAUUGCCGUCGCUGGAGGCGUUUUUGGCCCCCGUUGAUCUUACAGGCGUCCCUCUCGUUGGAACCCUAGCUUCGAUUUCAGCAGAAAUCGUCUCGCUCUUCAUCGGCGCACGUUUCUCUUUCCAGCGCAGAAACUCCCGUUCCCUGAUUCGUAAAGUCGAGGUCUUGGCCGUCUUUUUCCGAUACCUCGCGGAUUCAGGUUAUGAUUCGAACCCCGGUUCGGUUUCAUCGACGGCGGUGCUGUGCUUCAAGGAGCUGUAUCUCCUCCUCCACCACUCCAAAUUCCUCCUCCGCUACUGCGCUCGAUCCAGCAAGCUAUGGCUCUUGCUGCAAAGCUCGUCGCUUUCAUGCGUUUUCCAUGAUUUGAGCCGAGAUUAUUCGACCCUUUUGGAUGUUUUCCCCGUCGACAGGCUCGGCCUGAGCGACGACGUUAGAGAGCAAUUCGAGCUCUUGCACAAGCAGUCGAGACUGUUCGUUGAUGAUGAUGAUAACGACGAAAAAACGCUACGGGACAGACUCUAUUCGUUUCUCGACGGGUUUGAGAACCGCCGUAUACCCAAUCCGGAGGAACUGAGAUACUUCUUCGUUGACAAAUUGGGGAUUAGGGAUCCCAAGAGCUGCAGCGCUGAAAUUGAGUUUCUUGAAGGAGAGAUGUCGAAUCACGAUCGUGAUUUGGAGGAGCCUACAAGGUCGGUGGUUAACGGGUCUGUGGAUAUCAUACGGUACGCCAUGUUUUCGUUGUUCAGGAUCGAAGAUGAAUCGGAGUGGAGAUUCGAGUACCCGAAGAAACAGAGGAAAUGUUUCAUUGCGCAGGAGAUUGAGGAAACGUUUACAACAACGGCACAAGAUGAUUUCAUUUGCUCCAUCUCCCUCAGCUUGAUGAAGGAUCCAGUGAUUGUUUCCACUGGACAGAGCUAUGAUCGGAGCUCCAUCGCUAGGUGGAUUGAAGGUGGUCGCUGUACUUGUCCUAAAACAGGGCAAAAGCUUGUGGACUCGUGUCUUGUUCCCAACCUAGCUCUGAGAAACAUGAUAAGGGAUUGGUCCGAAGCAACGGGUGUAUCUCACGAGACGCCGAAAGAGUCUCUUGCUUCGCUUCUCCACCUCCAAAAGAGAGCUUCAAUGGAAGCAAACAAAGCCACCAUAUCGAUUCUCAUACAAAACCUAGCAGACGGGUCAGAGUUAGCUCAGACAGUGGCGGCGGGAGAGAUCCUGCUUCUAACGAGAACAGUGAUCGAAACGCGUACGUUAAUCGCGGAAGCGGGUGCGAUCCCGCACUUGCGUAGGCUUCUCAAAUCCGAAAACGCUGUUUUGCAAGAGAAGUCAGUCACAUCCAUCUUCAACCUCUCUGUCGAAGAGAAAAACAGAAGCCGGAUCAUGGAGGAAAACGAUUGCCUUGAGUCGAUAGUGAGCGUGAUCGACUCUGGUCUUACAAUGAAGGCUCGGGAAAACGCAGCAGCCACAGUGUACGUUCUGUCCAGAGUAGAUGGAGGAUACAAGAGAAUGAUCCCGGAGGGCUGCUUCGAGUCGCUAGCAUCGUUGCUGCGAAACGGGACGACAAGAGGGAAGAAAGAUGCGGCCAAUGCUUUAUACAGCAUAUGGUUACAUCCGGAUAACUGCAGCUUGAUGGUAAACUCGGGAGGAGUGUCGGCUCUCGUGGGAGCUUUGGCGGACGAGGAGGCUGUGGCGGAGAAAGCUGCGGCAGUGUUGGCUGUAGUAGCGAAUCAGUCUUUCGGAGCAGAGAGUAUAGGGAGAGAGGAAUCAGCUGUGGCGGGGCUCAUGGAACUGAUGAGAUGUGGAACGCCGAGAGGGCAAGAGAAAGCGAUUGCUACGUUGUUGCAACUCUGUACAAUCGGUGGAGAGGUUGUGGCGGAGAAGGUUGUGAGAGCACCGGGACUUGCGGGUUUGACGCAAAAGCUUUUGCUCACGGGUACAGAACGAGCCAAGCGGAGAGCUGUUUCACUCUCUCGGGUUCUUUGA